AUGGCAUGGUGGCAAGUGGGCUGCCAGGCUAUUACACAGAAUGCUGGUGUUAUGGAGGUUCAGCAUCACUCACCAAGGAGCACGAUAUUUGGUAUUAUGAGGAAGCUACAGUCCUCUCCCACUACUAUUGCGACUGUGUGUAUCCCCUAUGGAAAGCUGAAACAGUCAGUCCCUCCGCCAAAGGACCCAACUCCAUCCAAGAAGCACAAGACUUCGGAAAGGGAGGAUGAAGCCGAAGACGAAGCGAUGGAUGAGGAGGAGGUUGAGUUGUAA